UUGCAUUUGCAUUGCAGAGAAAAUUCUUUUUCUUCUUCCCGCCAUGGCUCCCGAUGCUUUCGACACACUCUCAGGUCAAUUUUCUUUCUCUCUUAAUCGAUUAUUCAUAUCAAAUUAUUCCUCUCUGCUUUAAUCAAAGGGCUAACAACAACUGCUCUAAUCUUCACUCAGAGGAACUUUAUUAUUUUUGAAUACUUGUAUUGCUUCCUUGCACAAAGUCAAACCCACCAACUGUUUGAUAGUUUUCUUGUGAGAAGAAAGAGAACAUAUGUACAAAUUUUCAUGUGAAACAUGGCAAACAGCAAAUAUGAGUAUGUCAAGUGUUUUGAGCUUGAGGAUGAGGUCAUGUUUCCGAAUUUUAUCCUUGUUUCAAUCAAUGCUUGUAAACUUUCCAAGCCUUAUGAUGUAAAUGCCUUGAAUUUGAUGAACUCUUGUGCUGUUGCGGUGCUUGAAGAGUUUGCAGAUGUAGUCCUUGCAUAUGGGUUUAGUAAUGAGUAUACCUUUGUUUUCAAAAAGAGCACCAAGUUCUAUGAACGGCGAGGUAGCAAGGUGUUAUCGAUUAUUUCUUCUUUUUUCUCAUCCGUCUUUGUGAGAAAAUGGCGUGAAUUCUUCCCACAGAAGGAACUGCGUUCUCCUCCUUCCUUCCAUGGGAAAAUUGUAGCUUGUGCAUCCAUAGACGCCCUUCAAGCUUAUCUUUUAUGGAGGCAGAAUAUCUGUCAUUUGAAAAAUCAAUAUGAUCAAUGCUUUUGGCGACUUGUGGAAUGUGGGAUGAAUGAGAGGGAAGCACAAGAGUUCAUCGAUGGAGCUAAGAAACGUGACUUAAAUGAUAUUUUAUUUGAUGAGUUCAAUGUCAAUUACAAUACACUGGAUCCAAUAUUUCGACAAGGUUCUUGUAUUUUAAAGACAGUGGUAGGGGCUGUGGUGAAGUACACAGAAACGGGUGCUCCAGUUAAAAGACAAAGGAGAGAGAUAAUCAUAGUGCAUUCCAAGAAAAUAGCAAGCACGCGAUUUUGGAAUGAACAUUCUAUUCUUUUGAAGGAGCUUGGUGUUUUUGUGGAGGAGAUUAACAAUGUGAAACCGGAAUAUGUGAGGUCCUUUGAGUUUGAUAGCAAGUUGAUGCCAUCUACAUGGAUUGUAGUUCGGAUAGAUGGAUGCCAUUUCCACAGAUUUUCUGAAAUACAUGAUUUUGCAAAGCCAAAUGAUGAUAGAGCUCUUAACUUGAUGAAUUCAUGUGCGGUGGCCGUCUUAGAAGAAUUUAGGCCGGAUGUAGUCUUUGCAUAUGGGGUUAGUGAUGAGUAUAGUUUCAUUCUUAAGAAAUCCACUGUUCUUUAUGAAAGGAGAGGUAGUAAAAUCAUAUCAGCCAUUGUGUCUUUCUUCACAUCCACUUACGUGAUGCGAUGGAAAGAUUUCUUCCCUCAAAGUGAGUUGAACUACCCUCCUUCUUUCGAUGCACGAGCAGUGUGCUAUCCAUCUGCUGAGAUUUUACGGGACUAUCUUUCGUGGAGGCAAGUGGAUUGUCACAUAAACAAUCAAUAUAACACUUGUUUCUGGAAGCUUGUUGCAUCAGGAAAAAGCAAAAGGGAAGCUCAGCGUAGUCUAAAGGGUGCUCAGCUGCAAAAGAAAAUUGAGGAAUUGGCUAUUGACUAUAAUAAAUUGCCAGUGAUGUUCCGACAAGGAUCCUCAGUUUUUUGGGAUAGGGUAGACAACACUCUCAUCCAUCAGGAGAAUGGAGAGUCUUCCGAAAAUUAUGGAAAGGUCAGUGUACAACAUAUUGACAUUAUUGGAUCAGCCUUUUGGCUAGAACACCCUGGUAUCCUUGAUGAAAAGCUAUAGGUGUUGAAGAAAUGUGAAGUGUGAUAGUUAAAACUUCAUUACUUUAUUUUUGUGCUGCUAAUUUUUUUUUUAUUUCAUUUGGUUCAAUAUUCUUGUAUUCAUAUUUGUAUUUUCUUAUUUAAGAUAAUGAAAUUGGGAAGUACUACAUACGUUUUAUUAUUGAAUACACAUAAUUGAAUUAGACUUACAUAUUUCUUCAACAUGUAAAAAUAUUUUUGCAGCUAUUUAGAUUUUAUAGUACAGCUGUAAGUUUGUAACAUAUUUAAUAAAACAAGCACGCCCAAUUGAGAAAAAGGUAAAGCUGAUAUAUGUUUGAUAAAACAAACACACCUCAGGGAUCUUUUGCUCUCGGGAAACAGCAUCCUUGAGCCCGUUACUUGCUUUAGCCUUUACCAAUUCACCCUGCAUAUUGCACUUGAUACUGAGUAAAAAGAAUUAGAAAUCCACUCUGUCAGGCAGCAUGCAAACUAGUAUCAGAAAGCAUAUCCAUUUUUGAGCAUUAAGAAUGCGUAUAAUAUGGUCUAGAGAAAUAUAGUUUUAGUAUUGGCAGGAGCAUAUAGACUCGAAGAGUUCAUUCCUUGUUGGAGGAUGGAAUAUAUGCUGGCUGGCUUGUGCAGAGAGUUCAAUAACGAGUAAGGCAGAAAGUUCAACAUUUUCUUAACGUGGCUCAUACUAGAAAUCUUGAUCUCUUAAAGAGUAAAUCAAUUAAUCAAAGAAUUUAUUUGUAUCUUCACAUUCUUCUUAUUCUUCCUUCAUCUAAUUGUAUAUUGGUUUGUUAGAAUUUGCGGAACAGUUAGACGAAGGGAAGGAUUUAUUGAAGACUGGAAGCAAUCAAAGAUGCAAACUAGUGUGGAGCACUUAACUUUGCUGCUUUUGAAGGACAGACUGAGACUUCUAACUACCUUUUAGAGGAUUUGAAGCUUCAAAUUGAUUGAAAGAUGAUGAUGGCGAAACUGCUCUCAUUCAUGCUGCACGGCAAGGACACACUGCUACUGCUAAGUAAGUAUUUUAUUGACCAUGACGCUGAUCCUACCAUUGCUAGCAAUAGGAGCUACGGCGUUGCAUCAUUCUACUGGGCUAGGUUUUUUUCCUGAUUUUCUCUUAGCUUUUUUCAUUACGUUCUGUGAUAAAACCAAUUUGCUUGCUCAAUGGACCUGUUUGGUUUGGAUUGACUGAUUUAAGCUUAACUACCAGCAUAGGCACUUGUGAGUCUGUUAGGAAGAGCUUACAAAAACAAUUUAUAGUAUAUCAUAAGUUGUUUUUAGAUUAUUUAGAUAAGCUCACCGGGAUAUUGUAUGAAAAAUGAAAAUAACUUUAGGUUAUAUGAACAUAGUUUAACUAUAAGCGAAACUAUUAAGAAAGAUCUCGACAUUCAUGAGUUGGAUAAAAACAUGGUUUUUGAUAGGACAUUUUAUGAUAUAGUUAGGUGAUUUGAUCCAUGUAGCCGAACCCACUUAGUGGUAUACAACUUGGUGUUGUUGUUGUUAUAGAAAUAAUCCUUCCAAGAUAUCUCAUGAGAAAAACUUAUAGAGUGUACGUAAAAAGUUUCACUUUAUUUUAUCUUUUGUUAUAGAAAUAACUUAUAUAUAAGCACUUGUACGAUAUACGUUUAUGCUAUAAGUGCUUAAUUAAGUUGUUUAUCCAAAUAGUUAUUUCAUUAUAUCUCUUGUGCAAUUCUGUAAAAUAUAAACUAUUCUGUUUGUUAUCCUUAUUUCUCUUAUGUGUUGUCUGAUUUUGUUGUAAUCUGUACUUUUUGUUCCAGGAGAUAUUGAGUUGCUUGGGCAUUUGCUGUCCAAAGGAAUUAAUCCUGACUUAGAGAGUGAUGCGGAAACAUCUUUGGUUUGGGCUGCUGGUGAUGCUCAACAAGCGGCUGUCACUGUUCUAUUAAAACACGAUGCAAAUGUAAUUCUUCAUUAUAUCACUGUUUAUGAUUAAACUUCUAUGUCCAUCUAUACAUUAAACAAUUUGGUCCUUUUUCUUUGAAUAACUUUGUAGUGGAAAAACUUAAUAUUCACAUCCCCAUGUUGGAGCCACAUGGUUUUAGC